AUGUAUCUCGAUCAUAAUAUUGUGGAGGAGGUUCUCCGGAAGACGACAACAAUUCCGACUCCCACGCCAUUGCCGACCGUCGUUCCUACAGUUCCCGAAGUACACUAUGAGACACUCCAUGAUACUGGUAAAAGAACAUUAUGGGUUGUAUGUGUCUUGAUGGGGCUGUCCUCCGUUGCAUUUUACGCAAUGGCCAUGAGAGUACCAGUGCAAAAACGCUUAUUCCAUAUCCUCACUGCAUUUAUUACAACAUUUGCGUUUCUUUCAUACUUUGCGAUGGCAACUGGUGAUGGUAUAGGAUACCACCAGUACGCUGUCACGGAAACUAAGCAGCAUAUCGUGACCCACAUCUUCAAUCGCCAAGUCUUUUGGGCUAGAUAUAUUGAUUGGUCACUUACGACUCCCUUACUACUGAUUGACCUGAGUCUACUGGCUGGCCUCAACGGUGCUAGUAUUCUAGUUGCAGUCGUGGCUGAUCUCAUCAUGGUGCUCACUGGCCUAUUUGCGGCAUUUGGUCACGGUGAUGGCCAGAAAUGGGGCUGGUAUGCAUGGGCCUGCAUUGCCUACUUGGUGAUUGUCUACCAAAUUGCCCAGAAUGGUACGAGAGCUGUUAUAAACAAGGAUCAGAAGACGAAGCGUUUCUUCUCUUUGCUUGCUGGCUUUACCCUGCUUCUUUGGACGAUCUACCCCAUCGUUUGGGGUGUUGCUGAUGGCGCUCGCAUCGUUGGCGUGGAUGCUGAAAUCGUUGCAUACGCGGUGCUAGACAUUCUAGCGAAGCCUGUCUUUGGCUUUUGGCUUUUGACAACUCAUGACAAUAUGUCUCGCACCUCUCCCACCAUUGAGGGAUUCUGGUCACACGGUGUCUCCUCCGAGGGUACCCUUCGUGUCGGCGACGAUGGCGACUAA